AGUGGCCUCAUAAGGACGAAGAGAGGGAUAAAAAAUAAACAAGUGUUUCUUUGCAAAUCAGUAGAAGUCUUUGAGGUUAAAGCUUGUAGUAGCUAUAACAUGUUAAGGCGUCGCGUAUUCAUGUCACUUGUUGCUUUUGGAGCAGUGUUGUUGCUACUUUCAUUUCGCUUUGACACAGAAAAAUAUGUGCAGAUACAUGCAAAAAGAAAUCAACAAAAAAAUCCAAAAGAAUAUUUUACGUUGAAGUCUAUUCACUUAAAAAUAUGGAAACAAAUCAAGUUCUUGCAAGAGAAAAAAAAAUGCUUAAAGAAGAAAGUAUUGCACUGCAAGAUUACAAAUAAUUUUGCUGGUUUUGGCUCGAUUCUUCAUCGAUAUGGCGUUUGUAUUCAAGUGGCUUACGGCUUGGGCCGAAUGUUUAUUAUCGAGCCAAGCAUUUACAAGCACUUUGGAGGAUUAAGCAACUGGUUACAAAUUGACACAAAACGAUGUAAUUAUGCCAGGAAAGAAUAUAAUCGCAUUCUUGCUGAUACUUCGCAACGCUACAAACGUUUUUGUGACGUGCAUGAUCCUAAAUGUUAUCUUGAGAACGGGUACGAUAUUAAUAAUACAUAUCAAAUUCUAACAUUUAAUCCUCAACCUGCGUUUCCGACUCCAAGACAUAUGCCAGGCACCAUACCAACAGAGAUCGAAAGAAAAUUAAGGAGCCUAAAUGUUUCCGAUCCCAAAUUGUGGUUUGCAGCUCAAUUUGUAUCAUACAAAUUAUUACACCCUAAAAAAUCUUUCUUGCGCCACUUAAGAAAGUUAUCUGCGGAAAUAAAUUACGAAAAGCCUGUGGUUGCUAUGCAUGUACGUCACGGUGGAGACAAAAUGCCGGAAUCGAAUUAUUAUAGUGAAAAUCUGUAUGUUAAUAAAGUUCUAGAAAUUUUUCAGAACAAGCUUGAUAAUUCCAGUAGAAAGAACACUUAUUUGGCGACUGACGACUUUGGCUCGCUGUUCAGAAUAAAGGAGCUAUUACCACCAAACUACAAUAUCAUUACAAUGCCUAUCAAACUUAGACAGGAAUCCAUGAUACAAUAUAAGAUAGAAGCGCCAUCUAAGGUAGUAAUCGAGACAAUUCUUAUAGACUUGCAUUUCCUCGCUCGAUCAGAUUACAUUGUUUGUACGUUAAGUUCGAAUGUUUGUCGUCUCGUUUGGUUAAUGAAGCUUGCAAUAUCACCAUAUUUGGUUAAUGAAGACAGUAUUAAAAGUUUGGAUGAAGAUAUGUUUUACGAUUACUAUGGUUUCCAAUAUUAUCCAGGGGGAGCCAUCAGCGCUUCAAUUGAUUACAGAUAUUUCGAAAAAACUUUAAAGAGAAAUAAAAAACUUUUAGUUUCAAUCAGAAAAAAUUCCAAAUCAAUUGGUCGCGACUUGCCAUUUUUACAAUAUCCUACUGGACAGUUGUUUUUGACAUUAUAUCCUAAAAAAUUGUUCUCAAACAACUCAACACACGCCGUGGAUGUAUAUUUGGUGAAAUAUAUUUAUAAUUCAGAGAGAAAUGGCAUGGGCUUUGUCUAUGCCGACGACAUGAUGGAAUGGCCAGGGAAGCCUAAAUACUAUUUUGAUAAAAAAAGUUCUCGAUAAACUGCGGUAACUGUAUAUUUCACCACAAGGUUUUACAAAUUGGCUAAUGAGUGUCCAUAAUAGUAUUUUUCCAUCACUAAAAAACUCAUGAAGGACGAAACGCGUGUCUUAGUUUUUAUUACAAUAACAUAUGCUACUGAUAACUGAACAGUGCACGUUCCUCCAGCGCAAACUGUUCACUUUUAAAUGCUCUUUAAUUACUUGGUUUAAUUAUGACUUCAUUUUGUAAUCAUAGGUUAAGUCGCGGCUGGACGUACCACGAUAUGGUCUUAAACAAUAUGUGCAAAUUUCUCUCUAUCUGCGCGAUAUUUUUUUUAAACUUCUUUCCCAAAAAUUGGUUCAUUACUUCAUACAAACAGCUCAACACAGGUGAACGAAUUACUCAUGCUGGAAAUACAUACUGAAGAAUUCCUAGUUCAUUUGUUAGCAUAAAGUAAGAAGUAACUUUGAGGGGGUCCUAAAGUCAGAACAUUUUUGCACUUAAUAAAUAUUGUAAUGCAUUUAUGUUAUGUACGAGCUGUUAAUAUAGAGAUGCUCGAUUUCUUUUUUUGAGUCAAAGACGGUAGUUGCAACGUAAAAUUAAAUGGAUUUUCCAUAAACUUAUGGCUACUUUUUUGUUUUGCAGGCCCUCUUUAUAAUUUAGCACUUUUUUAAGAGUUUUAUUUGAUUAAGAACAACGCAUGUUACAUUUUAAACUCAAAGUUA